AUGCCGGCGUCGACCGGGCUGUCUGAGGCUCCCGCGCCAACGCCCGCCGGCGACGUCAACUUUGGGCGAUUAUUCCAACGCGAUGAAGACACGGCGCAGAUUCUCAUCACGCAGACCGUCACACGAUCGUGGACUACCUACGUCACAGUCGAAACCCUCCACGGCGGCCUCCCAGCAGAACCGACCGCCCGGUCGUCAUCAGGCCUUUCCGGGAAGCAGCUCGGCAUCAUCCUCGGAUCCGUGCUCGGAGGAGUCUUGGUUCUCAGUCUCAUCGGCUGCUAUUUCCUCUGCAGAAGAUGGAAGUACUGGCAUAAGGGCCGCAUCCCUAGAUCGCACACAACAUCACCUUACGCCCGGACAAAACCGAAGUUCCGGUUCGGCCUAAGUACUUCUCCCAUAUUCAACAGCCUUCUUGAGGUUUCACUAACGUCCAGUAGCUUCUUCACGCCUGAAUCUGGCAUCUGUAUUUACUCCUGGUACCCGCCAGAACCCUCGUUCUCGUUCAACCUCGCCGUCUUCCCUUUCUUCGGCGCCUCCCGUGCCUCCGCCGGCGAAGCCACCUCCCGCUUUUUCUGGCGGCUUCAAAGGCUGGUUCGGAGGCGGCGCAAAGCCGGAUGA